AGAUUUAGAAGAAAGUUAAGAUCAUCUUUCUAGACCACUCGACCUUACUGGUUACCACUUACCAGUCUUAAAUGCAACUCCGUACUGAUUCAGCGCUUUAGUUUGAAUGUAUACAUUUUUUAUUUUCUAUUUCCAACUCAUAAAUGGAGGCAGUUGAGCGUUAAAUAUAAGUAACUAUAACUCACUGCUAUCUUUUUAUUUACAUCUCAUUGGUUUUUGCUGGCUCUGAUCACUUCACACCAAUCUUUCUCUUAUUCUUUUACUCUCUUCCUUUAUUGGCCGUAUGGGUUUGCCGCAACAACUCUUCUUUGUACCUUUUCUUAUUUUUGCUGCAGCCAUUGAUGGAAUUCAGGGAGAUGCCAUGGUUACUGGCACAGUCUUCUGUGAUCAAUGCAAAGAUGGUCAAAGAUCCUGGUUUGAUUAUCCCAUUUCUGGAGUUAAAGUCAAAGUAACCUGCACAGACAGCAAUGGCCAAAUCACAAUGUCAAGGGAAGAGACUACAAAUUGGUUUGGGAACUAUGCGGUGAAAUUUGAUGGUGCCCCAGAUCUCAGUGGCUGUUUUUCACAGGUGUCCGACAGUGGACAAGGCUCUGAAUCAGGCUGCUCGGCUCCUGCUGGACCAGCCCAGAAACUCAGGCUAAUGUUUAGGUUCUUCGACAUGGAGAUGUAUGCAACCGAUUCAUUGCUCUCACAGCCUGCCCAGCCAAUGCCAAACUGCCCAAAGUCCACUAAUCCUGUUCCCGCACCAGUAACACCAGCACAGCCACCUCCUGUGGCAGUACCAGUGCCACCAGCGCAGCCACCGCCUGUGGCCACACCAGCUCCACCUGCUCAGCCACAACCUGUGGUAUCGCCUGUUACACCAGCAAUUCCUCCUCCAUCACCAGCUUUUAGGCUUCCGCCAAUGCCUCCUCUGCCUCCAUUGCCACCAGCUCCCUUUUUGGAAGCCUCAGCAUGCCCAUCUAAGAGUUGGACAAUGCCUGAAUACAGGUGUUACUGGAGGAUGGUGAAUCCUGAGACUAAGGUGGCUGUUGUGUUUGGAUCACUUGCAGCUAGUCGGUAUGGUACAGAUUUGACAAUGAUGCAAGCCUUACAAGGGAGAGGAGACCCUUACAGAACUCUUCUAAGAGAAGGGGUUACCUCAUUUCUCAACUCCUACAACACUCUUCGAUUUCCUUACAACACAAUUGGUGUGGUUCAACAUAUGGAUUGGGCAUUAAUGGGAUCUACACGCAGUGUACUUCUUACAGGCUUGCGGUUUAUGAGGGCCAAUUCGGGUUAUGGCACUGUCAACUGCAGUUUCACACCAUGCAAGUGAUUAUUUUGUCUAAUCUGAGCCCACAUCAUCCGAUAUAUAUAAAUCAUUAUAUCUACCAAUCUUUAUAUAGUUGAUAAUUGUUGGCCCAACAGUGAUUAUAAUGUACUAGUUUAUCUUCUUGAAUAAGAGUUCUAGAGGGAGGUUAAAAUUUUGGUAUCGAUUCGAUGAAAUUUAAUCCUCAUCUGUGUUGAUACAACCAAAUAGAUACAUAUUUUAAUCUGUACAAGUAUUCUAUUUUAAUUCUAUAAUAUUUCUUUUUUAUUUA